GCAGGUUAUAAACAACUUGUGAAAUGAGUGAUUUGGAAGAUGACGAGACACCCCAGCUUUCUGCCUACGCCUUAGCAGCUCUCCAGGAAUUUUAUGCUGAGCAAAAACAACAAAUUGACCUAGACGAGGAUGAUAAAUAUAACAUUGGAAUAAUAGAAGAGAAUUGGCAGUUGAGCCAGUUUUGGUAUAGUCAGGAGACUGCUCUGCGACUUGCACAGGAGGCAAUUGCAGCUGUAGGAGAAGGUGGCAGAAUCGCAUGUGUGAGUGCCCCUAGUGUUUACCAGAAACUCAGAGAGCUGUGCAGAGAAAACUUUACUGUAUAUAUCUUUGAAUAUGACAAAAGAUUUGCCAUGUAUGGAGAGGAGUUUAUUUUCUAUGAUUACAAUAAUCCAUUGGACUUACCCGAAAGAAUUGCUGCACAUAGUUUUGACAUCGUAAUAGCAGAUCCUCCCUAUCUUUCGGAGGAAUGUCUCAGAAAAACAUCAGAAACCAUCAAGUACCUGACACGGGGCAAGAUUCUGCUGUGCACAGGUGCCAUCAUGGAAGAACAGGCAGCAGAGCUCCUUGGAGUGAAGAUGUGCACCUUUGUUCCAAAACACACCCGGAACUUGGCAAAUGAGUUCCGCUGUUAUGUGAAUUAUGAUUCUGGGCUGGACUGUGGGAUCUAAUUACAGACGGUGACAUAACCAAGGAAGGAACCCUGUCACAUUCCCCUUUUUGUAUUUUCCUAGUAGAUUUAAAAUAUAUACUCUCUUCCCCUCCCCCCAAACUGGAGCCGACCUUGCCUGAUUUUCAAAAUAAAGUACAUGACCUUCA